AUGUCAGAAGAAGACUUUGAUCCAAAUCGAUUUCAGAAUAUGCUUCUUGAAGGUCAUCACGACAUAUUAUUUACCAAGAAUGCACAGUCUCAGGUGAUGGUUUUCAAACGGGACGACAAGUACCCUGGAAUCGCGCUGUCCGACACCACCAAUCAUAUUAGGCUCGCAGAAAUCCGGAUCUUGAAUGACGCAACAAUAGUACUCCGAUUUCACGCUGUCCCUCUUGCGAAAGCUGCUGCGUAUACUGCUCUUUCAUAUACAUGGGGCUCAAUGCUUGGACAGUCUCAAAGUCAAGGGCUGCAGCUCACAGGAAACUUAGCUGAUGCACUAUACAGCUUCGCGAGCUGGCAGCCAAAGCUUUGGUGGAUUGACGCGCUGUGUAUCAACCAGGGCGAUACUCGCGAAAAGAACGAGCAAAUCAAACUCAUGAAACAAAUCUAUCAGAAGGCCGAGCGUGUUUGUGUCUGGCUUGGACAAUCAGACGAAGGAGUCCUUCAGGUGCUACCGAGAAUUGCGCGCUCGUUUGAGGAAGCAAAAGCACAGAGUGGUGAGACUGAAUCUGUGGGACCUGCGGGUUUGAAAAUUCCAGGAUCAGAUUGGACAUCUCUAAUGGACUUCUUAUCGCGUCCAUUCUUCCGGAGAAUAUGGGUGCUCCAAGAGCUCUUAAUGGCCGGUGACUCGAUCAUCGUGGGUUGUGGAAGUGCCAGAUUUUCUUGGAAGUUUCUGGCACUACCAAUAUGGUGGCUUCGGGCCAACAAUGCGCAAGGUAGUCUGAGAUCCCAGCCAUAUAAUCUAGACCAUGAAUACACGCUUCCAAUCAGGAAUGAUAUUAUUGAUCUCGUGACGAAUUUAUCGGCGAGACCUCGAUCCCUAUCCUUGGAGCAGCUCCUGCGGCUUACUUAUGCGCUGGAGUCCUCAGAGCCCAGGGACAAGAUCAUCGCCUUACUUGGUCUGGCAUCAAAUAAAGAUCCUGCUCUAUCAAAGAUCAACAUUGGGUACGAGCAGUCUGUAAGGGACAUUUAUUGUAAUGUAACAGGAGUCAUAUGCACCACUCACCGUUCAAUCAGUCUUCUAGAGCUGGUCGGUGAUCAAUCUUUCCGAGAAUUCAGCGACCUUCCUUCGUGGGUCCCAGAUUACAGUGUCACCUCUAGUCGACCUCAAUUCAAUAACGAAAGUCCAGACUGUCAGGAUUCGAAUGUUGAGGUCGCGUGGAUACCUGGCUCCAGGACUCUUUCACUUGGUGUACAAGUGUCAGAUGAAGUUGCACAUGUAUCGGGCGACAUCAUGAUGCGAGAGGAAAAGCCAGAGGAUGCCCUUCUUUCGUGGUUCAAGAUGACGGCUGAGUUUAUUGAAGUCGACAAAUGGGCUUUGAUUACGAGAGACCCUGAGGAGUCUGGACACACUACGGUCAAUGCAUUCUGGCGCGCCAUGAUAGGGGACUCCAGUGGCAAACAAUGUCCAGCGCCAAAAGAGUAUUACGAUCACUUCUGCUCGGCUUUAUUCCAGCGUCUUACCGAAACAGGAGAUCGUGAUGAGCAACUUCAAUGGAAUCUCGCAUUAUGCAAGUCAUAUCUCAAUAAGUGUCAUUAUUCUGAGCCCACAGAAAUAGAAGAUAAGGACAUAAAGAUGUAUCAUUUCAUAUGUGCGACGAUCAUCGAAAACAAAAGGCAGCCCGUCAAGUCGCCUCAUUGGACCUUUCCAGAACCCUGGCUUCAGUUUGACGAGGAUGGCAAGUUUCUCGCCGUGACCCCACCAGGCGAUGCUAAACUUUUCAAAAAGGAGAUGGCUCGCUCAUGCUGGAACACACGAUUCUUCAUUACCAGAUCUGGUCGUAUGGGCAGGGGACCGCUAUCCAUACAGCCGUCUGAUAAAAUUUGUCGCGUAGCAGGCGCAAAGGAGCUGCUCGUCCUAAGAGAGGCGGAUGAGCACUUGCGAUUCAUAGGCAACUGCUACACCCAUGGUCUCGUACAUGAUCAGGAUUCUCAGCAAUCAAACACUUUCAAGGAAGUCACGCUCGUGUGA